CUAAGUCUUUGAAGUAUGCUUCCUGACUCUUGUCAAUAUGUGUUAACAUUAACAAGUUUGUUAACGUGCAUUAAAAUCCUCUUCUGCAGGUAUUGGGCGGUUGCCUUGCCUGUCUACCUCCUUAUUGCUGUUGUCAUUGGCUAUGUACUCUUAUUUGGAAUUAACAUGAUGAGCACCUCUCCACUCGACUCCAUUCAUACGAUCACCGAUAACUAUGCUAAAAAUCAGCAGUGGAAGAGCUACCAAGAAGGUGCCAUCCCAGCCUUGAGAGAUAUUCCCAUUAGUGAAGUGAACAGAAUGUUCUUCCUUGAAGCCAGAGAACUUGACACCCAAAACUGAGUCGUGUGUACACAUCCUAAGACCAAACAUUUGCAAGUUUUGUGCUAAAUACUUUUGAACAUAAUUAUAUUGACUGUCCUUUUAAUAUUGACAUGUAAAGCAUGAAGGUUGAUUUCUUAGAUUGAUUCAGUUGAUAACUGUAUGUUCAGUUGAGUUUUUAAUUGACAAAUAAAAUGCCACAUUAGACUAUGA